AGAAAACAAUGUAUUUCAUAUCCAUUUACGUUCUAGCUGUCAAAGUGUAAACCGACUCUCAAAAGUCGUGUCGAGUGUAUUUUUCUUUGGUUACCAUCCAAGUUUCCCGAUUCGGAGUGCCAAAGUACGCUUUACGUAACCACAUUCGCUAACAGUUCGUUGUAGACCACCACACUAGAACAAUAAAAUUAUCAGACAACGCCGUUUAUUGUUCAGAAAAAUUUCUUCAUAACAUAGAUAAUUCAAUAACAACUCCGUUGUCGUCAAAUAGUUAUAAUACGGGGGUCUUAUUAAGAUAAAGAUUAUAUUGUGUUAGCCGUAAAGAUAAAGGAUUUUAUUGUUGUUGUGUGUAGAAAAGGCGGUAUUAUUGAAGUUUUUUGCGUAUUUCCUGUCGAAGUGUUAGUUCACUAACUUCAGUGCAACGGGGAGCUUCAUUCAAGAUUCGUGUUUUGGAGAAGAAGAAACAUGUCCAACGACUUUGUGAAUUUUAAGAUCCGCGAGGAAUGCGAGAUUUUCCAGUGGUCCGACAAGCAGCUUCGGGAGAUCAUGGUGCGCCUCCACAGCGCCAUUGAGAAGGGUCUCGGCAGAGAUACCCAUGAAUCCUCCAUUGUCAAGUGCUGGAUCACUUACAUACAAGACUUACCCAAUGGAAAAGAACGCGGUAAAUUUUUGGCGUUAGAUUUGGGCGGAACCAACUUCAGAGUAUUAAUAAUAAAUUUAGGUGAUAAUCACUUCGAUAUGCAGUCCAAAAUUUAUGCCAUACCUCAACACAUCAUGACUGGUACUGGAAUAGCUCUGUUCGAUCACAUAGCCGAGUGCUUAGCCAAUUUUAUGAAGGAACACGGAGUGUAUGAAGAACGUUUGGCGCUCGGAUUCACAUUCAGUUUCCCGCUAAAACAGCUUGGUCUCACGAAAGGCAUUUUACAACGUUGGACAAAAGGAUUCUCUUGCUCUGGCGUUGUUGGCACAGAUGUCGUCCAAGGAUUAAAAGACGCCAUCGCGAGACGCGGAGACGUACAGAUUGACAUAUGCGCUAUUCUGAAUGACACCACGGGUACAUUGAUGUCUUGCGCUUGGAAAAACCACAACUGCAAAAUAGGACUCAUCGUUGGUACCGGCAGCAACGCGUGCUAUGUUGAGAAGACGGAAGCCUGUGAGACAUUUGAAGGUGGUAUGAGCAAGCAAGACAUGGUUGUAAACACAGAGUGGGGUGCAUUUGGAGAUGAUGGAGCACUUGACUUUGUACGCACAGAGUUUGACCGCGAAAUCGACCAACAUUCCGUUAACCCAGGCAAACAAAUUCAGGAGAAGAUGAUAUCUGGCAUGUAUAUGGGAGAACUGGUCCGUCUUGCCCUCGUGAAGUUCACGCGGAUGGGUCUACUCUUUGGAGGUCGCGGCUCGGAUCUUUUCUUCCAACGAGGCAGCUUCUACACUAAAUACGUUUCCGAAAUUGAGUCUGACAAACCCGGAGAUUUCACGAGCUGCAUGGAGGUGCUUGAGGAAUUGGGGCUGUCCCAUGCCACGGAGGCUGACAUGGCGGCUGUGCGACACGUGUGCGAAUGCGUCUCACGGCGGGCCGCACACCUCGUGUCCGCCGGGCUCGCGGUCCUCAUCAACAAGAUGGGCGAGCCGCGCGUCACCGUUGGCAUCGACGGCUCUGUCUACAGGUUCCACCCGCACUUCCACGCGCUCAUGUGCGAUAAGAUCGCACAGCUGAUCCGGCCUGGGCUACAGUUUGACCUCAUGCUAUCAGAGGACGGGAGCGGGCGUGGGGCGGCGCUGGUGGCGGCGGUGGCGUGCCGCGAGAUCCAAAAGGCCGCGUAAGCCGCUGACCCUCUCCGUCCCACUGAACCUUCACCACCGACGUGGCUGGGAUCUCACGUUUCCUAGGUUAGGCCGUAGCUCGAGUGAGGGUUUCCCAAAACUUUUAGCUUCUAACAUUUUUAACAGUUGUGACCAAAGUAUUUAUUUCAAUCUGAUGGAAACAGCCCGGACUAGAUGCUGGACAUCUUAGUUUUUUUUUUUUUUUUGUGGGGCGGAAGUAACGGUCCUAAAUCAGUUUUAUUCUCCCAUACGUUCGGGUUACAUAAUUAGGAUAAUGUAGAGUAUUAUAACCUUAAAGUAGCGCACCAAAGACGCGACUGCGCUUGUCCGGUCUGGCGACGGUUAGAUAGAUUUAAUACUUUUUAUUGGUCUCAAAUAUAAGUAUCUAAGGGAAAUCGCCUCUAGUGGUCGGAGCAUUUUAAUGUAAGCAACAAAUGUAUAUUGGGUCAGUAGAUGAAAAGACCGCUUCCGGUGAUAUUUUGGAAAGUCUUCAGCUUAUGUGUACUAUGGCUCUAUGUCCAAAAGUACUUUUUAGAUGGACACUAAGAUCCUAACAAAAACUUUUAUAUCGAUGUCGAAAAGAUUUUAUUGUACUUAUAUUUGUAAUUAGUCUAGUCACAAACCAGGAUCAAGAUCUGUUUUUACAUCUUCUUCAGUCUUAAAUUUCCUCUCGCCAUUUGUGUAUUGAGGGUACUUGUAAAAGACUGAUUAUUAUCCAUCUGCUUGUCCUGGUUUUUUACACUUGUAAUAAUAUUGAUCUUAGUGUCGGCCUCCGCGCACUGCAUUCCCAUUCGCAGUUUCGUAGCCAGCAGUGCAGAGACCUGGCCCAACCAUCAGCGAUAUGUUUCCUUUUAUUAGCAAUAAGUAGAUAAAAAAUGUACUUUAACGGAGAGAAAGCUCUUGUAUUUUAUAACGCUGUUGAAAUUUGAGUAAGAAAAUAUUGUUAAUUAUAUUAGUCUUAUACAAAACAUCACAUACGAGAAGCAAACUAUCUGUUGAUGCCAUUAUUUAUUUAAGUAUUUUUGUACAAAUCAUUAACAAAAAAAAAAACGAAUAAGCAAGAACAACACAAGCUACCCUAAGUCCAAGACUUACUGUGAUGCCAUAAGAAAUUAUUUAGAGGUGUUUUAUAGGUAACAUUGUACGAGUAUCUAACAUUACACGAGAAUCUCAGUUACGUCUCUGCGGAUAUUGUAAGUGUAGUGUGCCAUUGUUUUUGAUCAUUCCAUGUGUAGGACACCACAAGCAAUCACUCUCAUUUGUCUAUCAACUGGCAUCCAAAUAGGUAGAGUCGAACCCCCUUAUUCAUAAACGUGUACUAAAGUUCCCUUUCCGACGUAUGGGUAUGAUGGAAAGGGACAAAACGAUUAUUAGCGGCAUCGUACCUUUAGUACACGUUUAUGAAUAAGGGGGUAAGUAUUUAUAACACAACACAAGGUAGUUUGCAAUUUCUCUUAGUUCGUAUCUGUUUAGUGAUAAUUUACCGUCAUUUCAUAAAAUGAUCCAAAAAUGACACAUUUUAAUCCCAGGUAGAAAAAGCUGCAUUAAUAUAACUUUAGUUUAUUGAUAUUUAACUGUGAUAGAGCUAGAAAUAUGUUUUAAAGAUUUUUCGUUAGUCUUUUUUAUCUAAUACAUCUUAUUUUUUGGUGAUAUGUUUGACAUAGUUACUUAAUAUAUCUACAAAAACAAUGAUAUAGCAUAGUUUAAAGAUUACAAAAUGCAAAAUUGUGUUAAAUCAGGUUUUUUAAUGUUUAUUCGGUCAAUAAUUACUUAAAUACUACCGCCACGUAUGCCCUCUUAAUCCAUAGCAUCAUCAGUAGUUCCUAGUUUUCAAUAGGUGCAUUUUUAAGUACGUAUGCGUAUUGUCAGUAUAAGUUUGUUGCAUGCUGUGUAACGCAGUUGUUAUUUUAAAUUAUUUAGAAUUAAGUAAUCUUUUAAGAUAUUUGGUAUCUACGCAGCGCAUACUAAAUACAUUAGAUUAGAAGUCUGUUAUUUAUUUAGCAGACUUAAUACUAAGUUCAAUCGAGUGAAAUUAUUGCGCUCAUAAAUAACUAAGUUGUAUAAUUAAUCAUGUAUAUGAUUUGCUCAAAGCUCCAAACAACAAAACAGUUUUAAGUUUUUAAAUUCUUAUUUACAUGUUAAAACUUAAUCCAAAAACCCUAAGAAUGCACAAAUAAAUCGGAGUAAUUUUAGUAUACAUUCGAUUCGUCUGAAUCAUGACUCGUUGAGCAGUAUUGUGUGUAGUUUAAUGAGUAAUGAGUUACAACGCUACAUCAGUGUCCGCGUGAAACGGCUAGUUCUACAUUCCAUAGGGCCUUUGAAGCUCCUAGGUUCAGUAUAGUCGUAUGAAUUCAUCGAAUCAAACAGCAAAAAUUUACACGCAUAUCAAUAUCACAUCUUUUAUUAUGAGACAAUAAUCAUGGAUUCCUUGUAUGUAAUAAAUAGGUUUAGAUUUAUGUUUGUAUGGCCUGGCGCCCGAUUUGGUUAUUGCUUCAUUACACAUUGUGUAAAUAAUAAAUAUGAAUAGAUAUCUAUAUAUACUAAAUAUCAUAAAAUCAUGAAUUAAUUUAUGUGAAAGAGAAUGAAUAUAGAUAGCUCUUUUUUGUGUGAGAGCUGUGAGCAAUGUUACUUAUUUCAAGAAUAAAUUUAUAUAAAUUUACCAAC